GUUAAGUACCGAGUGAAAGGGAUCUCGCGCUGAGACGGCGCGAAACGGCCGGUUUACCAUACGUCCCAUCGAUCGCUCACGAUCACGCCAUCCCCUCGUGACGAUUCUCCCCGCAAAGAUCACAUAUCACACGUUACCCGUAGAAACGCGUCGCGUUGUGACGUCAUCGCGGCAGCGUAUCUCACUUCUCGCUCUCUGUCCGUUCCACCUGUCCCCCCUCCCUCCUCCCCACCGAGUGUCGUAGAGUCGCUCCGUCUCUUUCUCUCAGCGACGGGCGUUCGCGUCGGUGCUCGCGCGCGGAGCGGCGUGUUUCGGCCGCACGGAUAACGAACGCGAGUUGAGUUGCGCGCGAUCGGUUCGCGCGUGUGCCACGAACGGAGGGAUUACACGGGCCGUACUCUUAGGUGUGCAUGCGUGUGUGUACGUGCGUGUGUGUUGCGGAAGAAGACAUCGAGGGACGUCGACGGCGUGAGUCGUAACACGCGCCGCGACGCGCGCAGCAGGUAGCCCCGGAGUAACGUCAGGUUGUGGACAGCCCGAGCGCCACCGGCUUGUUGUCAAGAUGGCGUCCAAGGGGAAGCUAGCCACCGAGCAUGGCCGUUCAGACUCGUACAGGGUCGCCACGUUACCCAACAUUCGCGAUGACAACAAAACCGCAGAUGGGAUGUACAAGUCGCGGCGGAAGAACCCAAAGCGAAGGGGGGACAAUUUAGAUGACCUGAAGCAGGAGUUGGACAUUGACUUCCACAAAAUCUCACCCGAGGAACUGUAUCAAAGAUUUCAGACGCACCCCGAAAACGGCCUCAGCCACGCGAAAGCGAAGGAAAAUCUGGAGAGGGAUGGGCCGAAUGCCCUGACGCCACCGAAACGGACCCCGGAAUGGGUCAAGUUCUGCAAAAACCUGUUCGGCGGUUUCGCCCUCCUGCUGUGGAUCGGUGCGAUCCUCUGCUUCAUCGCUUAUUCGAUUCUGGCCUCGACCAGCGAGGAUCCGAAUGACGACAAUCUCUAUUUGGGCAUCGUCCUCGCGGCAGUCGUGAUAGUCACGGGUAUAUUCUCGUACUACCAAGAGAGCAAGUCGAGCAAGAUCAUGGAGUCAUUCAAGAACAUGGUGCCGCAAUUCGCCACCGUGAUCCGGGAGGGUGAGAAGCUCACCCUACGGGCGGAGGAUCUCGUGCUGGGCGACGUCGUCGAAGUUAAAUUCGGCGACCGGAUACCGGCCGACAUUAGGAUUAUCGAGGCUCGUGGAUUCAAGGUGGACAACAGCUCGCUGACGGGCGAAUCCGAGCCGCAAUCGAGGUCGCCCGAGUUUACGAAUGAGAACCCACUUGAGACGAAGAAUCUCGCCUUCUUCUCGACAAAUGCGGUGGAAGGCACGGCCAAAGGUGUGGUAAUCUGCUGCGGCGAUCAAACGGUGAUGGGAAGGAUCGCGGGUCUUGCAUCCGGCCUGGAUACCGGUGAGACGCCAAUCGCCAAGGAGAUUCAUCACUUUAUACACCUUAUUACCGGUGUCGCUGUCUUCCUCGGCAUCACAUUCUUUAUCAUAGCCUUCAUCCUGGGUUAUCACUGGCUCGAUGCCGUUAUCUUCCUAAUCGGUAUCAUCGUGGCAAAUGUACCGGAGGGUCUCCUUGCUACUGUGACUGUGUGCCUGACUUUGACCGCCAAGCGAAUGGCCUCGAAGAACUGCCUGGUGAAGAAUCUCGAGGCUGUGGAGACCCUAGGCUCGACCUCGACCAUCUGCUCAGACAAGACCGGAACCCUCACGCAAAAUCGUAUGACGGUGGCGCAUAUGUGGUUCGACAAUCAGAUUAUCGACGCCGAUACCACGGAGGAUCAGUCUGGUUUGCAGUACGACCGUACCAGUCCGGGUUUCAAGGCGCUGGCAAAGAUCGCGGCUCUCUGCAAUCGUGCCGAGUUCAAGCCGGGCCAGGAAGGUGAACCGAUUCUGAAGCGAGAGGUGAACGGCGAUGCUUCCGAAGCCGCGUUGCUCAAAUGCAUGGAACUCGCAUUGGGCGACGUCAUGGGUAUUAGGAAACGCAACAAAAAAGUCUGCGAGAUUCCCUUCAACUCUACUAAUAAAUAUCAGGUAUCCAUACACGAAUCGGACGAUCCCAACGAUCCUAGGCAUCUUUUGGUUAUGAAGGGUGCUCCCGAGAGAAUUUUGGACAGAUGUUCGACCAUAUUUAUCGGCGGCAAAGAGAAGGUUCUCGACGAAGAGAUGAAAGAAGCGUUCAAUAACGCGUACUUGGAAUUGGGCGGACUUGGUGAACGAGUGCUCGGCUUCUGUGAUUACAUACUGCCGUCCGACAAGUUCCCGGUUGGUUUCAAGUUCAAUGCCGACGACCCCAACUUCCCAGUCGACGGGCUCCGCUUCGUAGGCCUGAUGUCUAUGAUUGAUCCGCCUCGGGCCGCGGUGCCUGAUGCGGUCGCCAAGUGCCGUUCCGCCGGCAUUAAGGUCAUCAUGGUAACCGGUGACCACCCGAUCACUGCCAAAGCCAUUGCCAAAUCCGUCGGCAUCAUCUCUGAAGGUAAUGAAACUGUUGAGGACAUUGCGCAACGGUUAAAUAUCCCGGUAUCCGAAGUAAAUCCUCGCGAGGCUAAAGCCGCGGUCAUUCACGGAACCGAACUCAGGGAACUGAACUCCGACCAAUUGGACGAGAUUCUCAGGUACCACACCGAAAUUGUGUUCGCCCGUACCUCGCCCCAGCAGAAGCUCAUCAUCGUCGAAGGCUGCCAGCGAAUGGGUGCGAUCGUCGCUGUAACUGGCGACGGUGUGAACGACUCGCCUGCUUUGAAAAAAGCCGACAUUGGUGUCGCUAUGGGCAUUGCUGGUUCAGACGUCUCCAAGCAAGCAGCCGACAUGAUUUUACUUGAUGACAAUUUUGCCUCGAUCGUAACAGGCGUGGAAGAGGGUCGUUUGAUCUUUGACAACUUAAAAAAGUCCAUCGCCUACACCCUGACCUCGAAUAUACCCGAAAUCUCGCCUUUCCUGGCGUUCAUCCUCUGCGAUAUUCCUUUGCCAUUGGGUACUGUCACCAUUCUUUGCAUCGAUUUGGGAACCGACAUGGUGCCGGCCAUCUCGCUAGCCUACGAGGCACCGGAGUCGGACAUUAUGAAACGGCAGCCACGCGAUCCUUACAGAGACAAUCUUGUCAACCGAAGGCUUAUUUCGAUGGCGUACGGUCAAAUCGGUAUGAUUCAAGCGGCGGCCGGCUUCUUCGUCUACUUUGUCAUCAUGGCUGAAAACGGAUUUUUGCCUCUAUAUCUCUUUGGCAUUCGGAAGCAAUGGGAUUCCAAGGCUAUCAAUGAUCUUACUGACAGCUACGGCCAGGAAUGGACCUACAGAGACCGCAAAACGCUGGAAUUCACCUGCCACACAGCCUUCUUUGUGUCGAUCGUAAUUGUGCAGUGGGCUGAUUUGAUUGUUUGCAAAACGCGCCGCAAUUCGAUUAUUCAUCAAGGAAUGAGAAACUGGGCUUUGAACUUUGGCCUUGUAUUCGAGACUGCUCUCGCUGCGUUCCUAAGUUAUACGCCCGGUAUGGAUAAGGGUCUUCGUAUGUUCCCACUCAAAUUUGUAUGGUGGCUGCCAGCCCUGCCGUUCAUGUUCGCCAUCUUCAUCUACGAUGAAACGAGACGAUUUUACCUCCGCCGAAAUCCAGGCGGGUGGCUCGAACAAGAAACUUACUAUUAGACGCAAAGAGGAUUAAAUCACACGCAUGCAGAACGCGCGCGCAAGAAGAUGAGUGAACGGACGAAAGAAUGAGAGCGAAAGCGAAAGAAAGAGAGAGAGAGAGAGAGAGAGAGAGAGAGAGAGAGAGAGAGAGAGAGAGAGAGAGAGAGAGAGAGAGAGAGAGAGAGAGAGAGAGAGAGAGAGAGAGAGAGAGAGAGAGAGAGAGAGAGAGAGGAUGAUGAGAGAGAAUGAGACGCAUACUCACACUUGAGAGAUACACUUGGAAAAAAAAAAAAGAAAAUUAAGUAAAUCACUCAUAUUGAACAGAUGUAACACAUUUCACAAGGAAUGUGCUAUUGGGUCUGUCCAAGUCACGUGUCAAAAGAGCAACGGCUGGACAACGAAGGACGCGCCAAGUUUGCGCUGGCUCUUGCGCAAUGAAUGAAGUGCGAGAUUAUUGUACAGACACGGAAAAGACCCUCUAGCGCUAUUAUAAGUACAGCGCGAGGUACAAGAAGCACGCUCGUCGUUCUGGCUUUGCCGCCAAUUGCUUGCACGCGCGUGCGUUUCGCAAUUUAAAAAAAAAUUGAUCCGGUAUUCGAGAAACUGUCGAUGGAAGAAAGGAUAUCGUCGAAGGAAUUCCACCGUCAUCAUACAAAACGAUGCUGAUCGGAAAGCCUUUCCACGCUUUCCGCUUCGCGUCCGACGUUACAUUACGACUACGGAGUGAUUUCCCGAUGACGACUGGUGCGCAGCCGCUGUCAAAUUCUGGAUUGGAUAUAUCCUGCGAGCGUCGCUCAAAGAUGGAACGAAGGAACGAGAGGAUGAAAUAGGGAAUUGCUGAAUCGAUAGCGUCGCAGCGCGCGACUGAUGCACUGAGUGUCAGGCCUAAAGAAAUGUGACGUAACGCGACGAAAUGCGAAAACAAAACUGAAAUGGCAACGGAAAACAGAAAUCCGGAGCGACAGCGGAAACGGACACACUCGACAGAGACGGGCCAUUUAUGCGCGAUAGAAAAUCACGGAAUCACGUGCGUCCUUAUGUAUGUCGAAUGCGAUUUACUACAUUCACGCGACUUCUUACUAUUAGUGUAUUAUCGUAGACAUCUUUGCGUUACUAAGAAACUUCGUAAUAGGCUUUCGUUGAUCGUCGAUCAAUGCGCGCAAAAUAUCGCUAAGAUCGGCACACACAACACGUCCUCUAUUAAGAAGAACUUUAGGUGGAAGAUGAGAAACUCAUGAAAAAAAAAAAACGAGAGGAUCCAGAGACCUACGCGAAAGAGCAAACAAAAAAAUGCUCAAAUGUAACAGGAGAAUCGUUAAAAAAAAUUCUUAGGAAUCUCGCGUGACGCUGAAAUACUUCGUACGAAAAUUAAUUGUUAAAUGUAACGAAAGACCUGAUACGCCAGGUAUCGGUGCGGUCUAUAGUCAUACGUCAUGAUAAAAUAACUAAAA